CCUGCACACACAGGAUCGCAUUAGCAACAUGCCGAACGCUCCCCGCACCGUGAAGGAUGUUCCCGCGCAGGAGUUCGUGAUUGCGCUCGCGCAGUACUUCCGCUCCACCGGCAAGAUGGAGGUCCCCACCUGGGUCGACAUCGUGAAGACUGCCUCCUACAAGGAGCUCGCGCCCUAUGACCCCGACUGGUUCUACAUCCGCGCGGCGUCCAUGGCUCGCAAGCUCUACGUGUCCGGCAACAUGGGUGUGGGUGCCUUCCGCAAGAACUACGGCGGUGCCCGUAACGACGGCGUCUGCCGCUUCCACCACGCCAUCGGUUCCGGUUCCGUCGCUCGCGCUAUCCUUAAGCAGCUCGAGGCUGUUGGUGUUGUGGAGAAGGGUCCCAAGGGUCGUCGCAUCACCCCCUCUGGGCAGCGUGAUCUCGACCGCAUCGCGGGCCGCGUCGCCGUCUCCGCCUAAGCGACGGCAAAAUUGUACGUUUAGCCGACACAUUUAGCGAAUGUAAUUAAACCGGCUCGACG